UUUGACCUUAAUUUCCGGCACACCUGCGUUUUAUGGUCUCUUAAACGUGAUCCAGAAACAAAAGUAAAAACAGCACAAGCCGGAUGUUAUGGCCAGUAUCGAGCCGGACAAACUGUACAGUUGUACGGAAUGUUUCUACAGGACAAAGUCCAGGUACACGUUGGCUCGGCACGCCAAAACCCACGACGCAAACCGCGAACGGCCGUACCAGUGCGACCAGUGCGACUACCGGGCCCCAAACAAGCUGUCUCUAACGUGCCAUCUGUCUAUACACAGCCCCACACAACAGUACACCUGCGACCAGUGUGAUUUCAAAACUCGGCACGCGUCCUCUCUCCGCACACAUCUCCGCCGACACGCCGGUACCAGACCCUUCAACUGCGAGCAGUGCGACUACUCGGGAUUUCGCAGGGAGACGCUAGAGGCACACGUCCUGGCGGUCCAUCUAAAACACCGCCCACACGUCUGUAAAGUCUGCGGGUACAAGGCGGCCAAGAAGAGCAGUCUAACUACCCACAUGAUGGUCCACACCGGAGAAAAACCCUACAAGUGUAACCAGUGCGACUACGCCGGGACAAAACAGGUUCAUCUAGACCGGCACAUGGCUAGACACACCGGGAACUACCCCUACACGUGUAAGGAGUGUGGCUACCGAGGGUCACAAAAGGCAGACCUGAAAAGACACAUGGGCGUCCAUACGGGACGGAGACCUUUCAAAUGUCCACACUGUGAAUACUCAGCAACUAGAACGACCAUCCUGAAGGUCCACAUGUCGCGGCACACCGGUAUCAAGCCGUUCACGUGUGACGAGUGUGGCUACAAGACAGCGGAUAAGACAAGUUUGGUCAGGCACAUCAUGGUCCAUACCGGGGAGAGGCCGUAUAAGUGUGAACUUUGCAACUACAGCGCAGUUAGAAAGCGGGAAUUGACCAAACACAUAGAGAAGAAACACCACAAAUAAAUCUGUUUGACAUACGUACGUACUAAGAAUACUGUUUAGCAAUAUUUAUGUUUUUAUUCACAAAUCAAAAGAAAAUACAUAAACCACCCAGUAUACAAUAAUUCAAAUCAUAAUACCGAUAAUGAAAAAGAAUCAAGAACAUAAAGUUCCCUUCUUGUGGCUAAGGAAUACUCUAUUGUAUGAAAUGAGUUAACAUAAAUAAGUAAAGAUUGAAAAGUAAUAUGGUUAACUAAUUUCAAAAUUUCAGCAGCGUGCACAAAACGUUGACUUUUAGUGAUCGCAAAAAAACAACCUUAAGUAGACAAAAUACAUUUUAUAUAAAAACAUAAUAAAACAUUUCACAAGAAAUAUUGUUGUGAGAUGUCAAGGUCUAAAUUAUUAUUAAACACCGUUUGGUACAA